GAUGGCCAUGGCCUACUCUGAAUUUUCCUUUGGGCUCAGAGCCUGCAACUCCUGCUGAGUGAAGAAGAGAAACCAAAGCACAGUGCCAUGGAAGUUUUCAGAUCAAAUCCUUUCACUUUCACCUUUCUUUUUUCUCUUUUUCUUCUCGUCUUUUCUACUGCCGCUACCACCUCUGACCUCCCCUCGCUAAGCUUCCAUGUUGGUCGAGGAGAGUUGGUUCGAGGAGCUGUGGAGCAGUGGAAGACGGGGAGGAAUCUAGCGGAAGCGACAGUGGAUAACUCGUCCUUGAUAUUGGCCGAGGGUAGGACGCAGAGAAAAGAUCCACUUGAUGAUUUUAAGCGCUCGGUUUCCUUUACAGCGGCUCCCUUCUUUGUCAUUGCUGGCAUUUGGUUCAUUCUCUUUGGAUUUUGUUUGAUGUUCAUCUGCCUAUGCUGUUGCUGUUGUCCAAGGGAGCCUUAUGGCUAUUCUCGAUUAGCUUAUGCUCUUUCUCUCAUUUUCCUCAUCCUCUUCACCAUUGCAGCAAUUGUCGGGUGUGUUGUUUUGUACACGGGUCAGGGGAAGUUUCACAGCAUCACAUCAAGGACAUUGGACUAUGUAGUGAAUCAAGCUGAUACAACAGUUGAUAACCUUGACAAGGUGUCAGGUUACCUCAGUGCAGCUAAGAGUAUAGGAGUUGCAUCAAGAUUUCUUCCUGGAGAUGUCCAAAGCAAAAUCGAUGAGAUUGAUAAAUUGAUUAACUCUUCUGCUACAACUCUUUCUGAGACGACUGGAAAUAAUUCAAAAGAUAUCCAAUAUGUACUCGAUCAUAUAAGGUUGGCUCUUAUAAUUCUUGCUGCUGUCAUGCUCCUUCUGGCAUUUCUUGGAUUUUUAUUUUCCAUCCUUGGGAUGCAGUCUCUUGUAUACUCUUUGGUGAUCAUUGGUUGGAUUCUUGUUACUGGCACAUUCAUCUUGUGUGGCGUUUUUCUCCUCCUUCACAAUGUGGUAGCAGAUACAUGUGUGUCAAUGGAUGAGUGGGUUCAAAACCCAACUGCCCAUACAGCUUUGGAUGACAUCCUCCCAUGUGUGGACAAUGCCACAGCCCAAGAAACUCUCACACAAUCAAAGAAUGUAGCAUUUCAACUUGUUAAUGUGGUUAACAGUGUCAUCACUGGGAUUGCAAAUCGUAACGUCCCACCAAAUGUUGGACCACCCAUAUAUUUCAAUCAAUCUGGUCCAUCAAUGCCCAUCCUCUGCAAUCCAUUUCAUUCAAAUCUUACCGACCGAUCAUGUGCAUCGGGUGAAGCAGAACUGCGGAAUGCUACAGAGGUUUGGAAGAACUAUAUCUGUGAAGCUUCAGCUUCUGGUACUUGUACAACUCCUGGCCGGCUGACCCCAACCUACUACAGUCAAAUGACAGGUGCAGUAAAUGUAAGCUAUGGAUUGUAUAAAUAUGGUCCAUACUUGGUUAGUUUGCAAGAUUGCUCUUUUUUGCGGCAGACGUUCACAGACAUACAAGACCACUACUGUCCCGGUUUGCGUCGAUAUACACAGUGGAUCUACAUUGGAUUGGUUCUGGUGUCUGCAGCCGUGAUGCUGUCAUUAAUUUUCUGGGUUAUCUAUGCCAGAGAGCGACGACAUCGUGUAUAUACGAAGAGCCAUACAGCCAAUUAUGCUCAGUGAGAACGAAGAAAACCGCAGUAGGGAUUGCACAUCCAUGUAUGUUUGUAGGUACAUCUUUUACCUAGCUCUCUCUCCCCAUUACAUUAGAAGUUAUUUAUUUUUGUACAAUAUGUUUAUUUUCCCUAGUUAUGGUAUUCUUGAAACAUGAAUCAAUUUCCAAACCUAUAGUUUUGAUGGGUGCUUUGUAGAUACCUAAAGGACUUUAUUGGUCUUGACCUUUCACUUUGACAAGUUUUCAAUGGUUUGUAUAUGUAAGUUCAUUACUUUUCUUCUUAAAA